GUGGUACAAUUCGAACCUUACGAACCCGUAAGGCCGGGAGCUCUCCUGUGUCACGGAAAGUACUACGACGCUUAAUACUUUGUUAGUUUUUUUCUUAGUAAAGCGUGCACGAGAAUUGAGCUAGUGGCGCCAAGUGUCACGUGUCCAAACGCAGCUUUCCGGAUCUUCAAAAAAUAUUUAUCGUUCUUACCGGCUGAAUUCUUCGUAAAAUGUCCGGUCUGUCAAUGUGGAUAAAACGAUAUCCAGUUGUACGAGGAAUGAUCACCUAUAGUUUUCUGUGGCCUACUGGCUGUUUCAUCCAACAAAAACUGUCAGGAAAAAAGAUGAAUGAAAUCGAUUGGAAAAAGUGCUGGCGUUUCUUCUUCUACGGAGGUUUCAUCGUUGCUCCGUCGCUGUAUUGCUGGAUACGAGUGGCUUCCAUAAUGUGGCCAAGACAAGAUUUGAAGUCAGCCAUUGCCAAGGCUCUCACGGAGCAGAUCAGCUACACUCCGAUGGCCAUGACUGCAUUCUAUUUUAGCAUGAGUCUCUUGGAAUCCAAAACCGUCGAAGAAUCGUUUAACGAAGUAAAGGUAAAACUCUGGCCUACCUACAAAGUAGCCCUGUGCAUCUGGCCACUGAUACAGACUUUUAAUUUCUCGGUCGUACCUGAAAAGAACCGCGUUCCUUUCGUUAGUAUGUGCAGCUUGCUUUGGACCAUAUUUUUGGCAUACAUGAAGCAAAAAGAGCAAAGUGAAAUGGCAGAAGGGAUCUUGGUGAAAUAGCAUAGUUACAAACACAUUAUAUAGUUAUUAUAUCGAGAACUUAUGCGCAGUAUUUGUAUGGUUAAACGAAACGUAAUUUACUGCGAAAUAUAUGGCUUGGCGUUAGAAUCU